GAGGCAGACGCAGGGAACUGCACUUUCAUCAGCCGUGAAAUGCGUCUGUGCGCGUUAUUUUUAUUUCGAUCAAAGAAGACAGCUUUUCAAUUAGGAGUGAUUUCAAGGAUGCCGAUAGAAUAAAUGAAAAGUUAAAUAUGGCAGAACCUCGAUUUAAUAAUCCAUACUUUUGGCCGCCUCCACCCUCUAUUCCUGGUCAGUUGGAUAACCUCGUACUGAUCAACAAGAUCAAAGAGCAGCUGAUGGCUGAGAAAAUCAGAUCUCCGCACUUGCCAGCCACUUCUGUCCCUUCCCAGCAGCCCCUGCUGGUGCCGUCCACACCCACAGAAGCUGGGCAACACAAUUUAUCAGCGCCCAAGCUCCAACAGAUGCCAGGGCUCCAUGCUCACAGCACCUCACAGCCAGACAUCGCCCUACAUGCCCGACCCGCCUCAAGCACGGUGGCAGGUCGUAUUCUUGGUGACAUGAACUUGAAUCUGGACGAUAAGGCGGCCAUUAAAGCAAGGGGAUUAUGGGAAGACUGGCAUUUGCGCCAAAUCAUAGACCAGCCAUCCAGAGCGAAUCAUCUGUCAGGACUGUCACUGACGUCAUUGCGAACUGCCAACCACAACACAUCAGAGUCCACAACUCCAACCACCAGCAGUCAAACCCGCCAGAGUGGUGCUCCUUCCCCAAAUCUCAUCUCAGGACUGUCCGGCGGGCCCGGGAUGGAGUCUUUCAAAAACAGCGGAGGAUUGGCAGGACUUCUGGGUCCACCUCCAAAAAGCAUAGGACGAGGGCGUAAAAAGAUUAAAGCCGAAAACCCCUCUGGUCCUCUCUUAGUUGUUCCCUACCCAAUCCUGGCCUCUGGAACUGACCAAUCAACUGUUAGCAUCACUGCCAAAGAGGGCAAAACCUACAGGUGUAAAGUGUGUCCGUUGACGUUCUUCUCCAAGUCAGAUAUGCAGAUCCAUUCCAAGUCUCACACGGAAGCAAAGCCACAUAAGUGUCCUCACUGCACCAAGUCCUUUGCCAAUGCGUCGUACCUGUCCCAGCACCUGCGCAUUCACUUGGGGGUGAAGCCGUAUCACUGCUCCUACUGCGAGAAAUCCUUCCGACAGCUUUCCCACUUACAGCAGCACACUAGAAUCCAUACAGGUGAUCGGCCAUAUAAAUGUCUUCAGCCAGGCUGUGAAAAGGCCUUCACGCAACUCUCAAAUUUGCAAUCUCACCAGAGAUCACACAAUAAAGAUAAGCCUUACAAGUGCUCCAACUGUUACCGUGCUUACUCUGACUCCGCCUCCCUCCAAAUCCACUUGUCUGCUCACGCAAUCAAAAACGCCAAGGCCUAUUGCUGCAGCAUGUGUGGUAGAGCCUACACCUCAGAGACCUACCUAAUGAAACACAUGCCUAAACACGCCGUGGUAGAACACCUGGUGAGUCAACACUCACCACAAAGGACCGAAUCAUCCAACGUCCCCAUCCGUAUUUCCCUCAUCUGAGCACUCUUAUCCGUCAGUCCUUCCCAAUGUUGGCAUAAGCAAGCAAAAUCACUUGUUCUCGGUGGUUUGCCAUUUUCAGUGUUUAUUUGUUAGUUUUACUUUUGAGUACAUUCCAUAAGGUAUUAGAGUGUGUGAAUAGAGGCUCAAAAAAGCAGCAGUGUUGAUUUUUAGGAAGGUUUCUAUUACACAUGUUCCUCUUCUUCAACUUAUUGUUGAGAGGAAAUAAUCGGGAGUCCAAAGAUGGUUACGCAGCACUUUUAGGCCGCACAGUUUUGGCUUUAAACAUUUGUGGUCUGUUAUGACGAUAAAGGCAUUGCUCUUGGCAGCUAUAAGUUUGGGACUUGUAGGUAUUAUGCAUUAUAAAAUCAUGAAGUAUACGUUGUAUGUUCUGAGAUUGAACCAAGUCCUGUACAACCUCUAAUAUUUUUCUGCGCUGUCCUGGGAAAAAUCUCCUCCUUUUGGGCAACUCAAAGUUGCUUUGGAGACCGAUGGUCUUGGGUUUUGAUAAAGUAAAUGUUUUUAUUAAUGUUAAAACAUUAAUGAAAUAAAAAUAAAAUAGAUUUAGCAUUAAAGUUAAUUUUUAAAUAGGACAUUAUUGACAAAUCAACACAUUUAGCAAGAUUUUGCAUGACUAAUUACUUGGUGCUUUACAAAUGUUGUGGUCUGGUGCCAAAAAUAUAAUCAGAAAAGGGCAUCAGAUUCUGAUAUUUCCCCGCAAUGAACAUAAUGGUUAAAUACAGAAUUCUGAAGUUACAUUGAGUCCCUUUGAGUGAAACUCGAACCCUCUGCAUAGAGAUGUUUCGAGUGUGAAUAUGCAUUUGACAUGCUACAUGGGUGAAGCUCACAAAAACUGUUAUUAAAUAUAUUACGGGUCAUGUUUUACCACAUAAUGAAAAGAAAAAAUCUGAAAUUAUAUUGUGCAUAAAGAAAAUUAAACCUAUUUUUAGGACCAAUAAGAUUUUUACAUUGUGUUUGAAUUGCACUGUGUCGUUAUGUGUACAUCAUUGUAGUAUUUGUUGUACUGAUUUUUGUUUAUGCUUAUAUUAAUUUUUAAAAAAUCAUUGUGUCAAGAUAGGAUGGUUUUCAUUGCUGUUUAGGGGGGGGAAUUUACUUAAUUGUCAUUAAAAAAGAAAUCGAAAUAAAUGGUUCUAAAAAAAAGAAAGGGAUUUAAGGGAUAGUCAACCCACAAAUUAAAAAAUUCUCAACAUUUACUCAACCGCAUGCCAUCCCACAUGUGUAUGAUUGACUUCUGCUCAACACACACACAAAAAAAGUUUUUUUAGAAGAAUAUCUCAGCUCUGUUGGUCCAUACAAUGCAAGUGAAUGGUGACCGGAACUUUUAAGCGCCACAAGGUACAUAAAGGCAGCAUAACAGUAUUCCAUAUGACUCCAGUGGUUUAAUCCAUGUUUUCAGAAGUGAUAUGGUGGGUGAGUAACAGAUCAAUAAAGUCCUUUUUUUACUAAAAUCAUUUUCGGUGAUUUGUAAAAAGGACUGAAAUGUUUAUGUUUCUCUCCCACACCUAUCAUAAGAUAUGGAUUAAACCACUGGAGUUGUAUGGAAUACUGUUAUGCAGCCUUUGUGAAUUUCUUUACCUUUUUGGUAAAAAUGUCUGGCCACCAUUCACUUGCAUUGUAUGGACCUACAGAGCAGAGAUAUUCUUCUAAAAGUCUUUGUGUUCAGCAGAAGAUAAAAAGUCACACAUCUAUGAUUGCAUGAGGGUGAAUAAAUGACAGAAUUUUCAUUUUUGGGUGAACUAUCCCUUUUUAAAACCAUUUGCAUUGUGACAUUAUUUUCAGGACACUUAAGAACAUUUUAACCCCCCCCCCCCCUCCCCCCCCAGUUUUACAGUAAUAAAAAAAAGAUGUUGUUGCACUGAUGCAAUGAUAUUUUUUUUUUUUACUAAAAGAAGCAAAAAAGAAAGGCAGUACCAAAGAAGUUCUACUAUGAUAAAUACUUAACAAUUCAAAUAAUACAUCAUUUUUUCACAUUGCGAUAAUGAGAACAGCAUGAUGUCUUUUUUUCCCUGCAUUUCGUUAAUGAGAAUCAGGGGGUAAAAUGUCUAUUGCAGUAGCGAUAAUAAAUGGCCUUGAAAUAGGCUUAAUUUUCAAUAUUGCAAAAUAUAAUUUCUUAUUUGUUUAUUUUGAUUCCGGAGUAAAAAAGGACCAGGUCAUUUUCUGGAUGGUUUCGUGGAAAUCACCCACGCUGUAAACAAGAUUGGACUAAAUGCUGGAUUACAAUGUAGAGUUGCCCAUGAGAUUUGUGUUGCUGUAUUGAUGUCUAGAAUACCUCCUUGGCUUAUUAUACAUGUUUAUACUUAUUAUCUUGUUUAAAUAUUAACGACUAACAAUGUUAAUUUGACAUAUUUUAAGCCUUAACCAUUUUAUCACUAGUUGUUUACCAUCACAUUUUAUAUAUUUUAUACCAUAUUGGUGUUUAAUUGUGUACUCAGUACUUUUAUGUAAUUUUAUUUCCUAGCAUGAACAUGCUGUAAAUAAACUAUACAGUACUUAAGUGUUAACCAGUUUAUAUAAAAUGACUACAUGUCUAGUUAUUAUGAAAUCUACCUUUUUAAUAGUUAAAUUGUGGUACUCAAAAAGGUUUGCCUUGGCUGCUACAUGCAAAGUCAAGAUGUGGAGAGAAACUUUUAGACUUUGUAGAAGUA